CUGUGGGAUUGCAGAAUAUUGACAUAGCAACCAGGCGACAUAGCCGCCGAGUUUUCUCUGCCUGUGUUAGAUUUUGCAGCCUCUCUUCUGCGUUUGAACUCGUUAACCGCACUGUGUCGAGCGCUGCCAUGAAUGGGGCAGUUGUAAAAAAGACCCACGACACAUUGGGCAAGGUGAUAAAGAAACCGCCUCUCACAGAGAAACUGCUAACCAAGCCACCGUUUCGAUACCUACACGACAUCUUCAGUGAGGUUAUCAGGACGACUGGUUUUAUGAAAGGCCUGUAUGGAGAAAAUGAAAUGAAGUCUGAUAACGUUAAGGAUAAGGAUUCAAAGAUAGUCUUCCUCCAGAAAGCAAUAGAUGUGGUGAUGCUGGUGAGUGGCGAGCCUCUAGCAGCAAAGCCAGCCCGCAUUGUAGCCGGCCAUGAGCCUGAGAAAACCAACGAGCUGCUGCAGGCCAUGGCCAAGUGCUGUCUCAACAAGUUAUCCAGUGACGAUGCAGUAAAGCGAGUGCUUUCAGGAGAAAAAGUGGACAUCAAGACCAAGGCCAGCACCUCCAGGUCCCAGGACAAGGAAAAUAGAGAGGGAAGUGAACAGCAUCUUGAUAGAGAGGAUAAAAAAAGGAUAACAGAGCGCAGUGGGAGUCGUGACCAAAAGGACCCAGACCAGCCCAAAGAACAGGAGGGCCAUCACAGAGAUGGAGAGAAAGAACGCCAUCGAGACAGAGAACGCUCUGACAAGCACCACCGCAGUGAACAGGACCACCAUGCCAAAGAUCGGCACAAAGAGAAGAGCCGUGACAGGGAUCGAGACAAGGAGGACAAAGGGCGAGUCAAAGACAGG